ACCCUGCCUGCCCAGCCCAGGCCCAGCUUAGCCACACGUGCGCCAUGAAGUACCCUUUGGUGCCGCUGGUGAACAACCUCACGUUUUCUUUUCUGGUCUGGCUCUGCCUCCCUGUGAGUUUGCUGUUGUUCCUGUUGGUCGUCUGGCUACACUUCUUACUUAGCCAAGACCCAGAAGAAAAUGACUCCCAUUUAUGCUUGGAUUGGGGGCCCUGGAGCAAAGGCCCAGCCGAGUUUUGCUGGAAGGGGACACUCUGAGGCUGAGAGGAGAGGCUUGGCUGGUGAGCCUGUUCUGCCAG